GCAAUGGAUUUUUGGCGCGAAUGACAGCAGUGUUAUGAGUUGGAAUUGAAAUUAAAAUCAGAGUGCCGUGACUGGGAAGUUACUCAUAGCACAAUGAAUUCAGCAAAGCGCGUGCUGUCGCCCAUCAAGCCAGAGAAUGACACUGAAAACAAACAGACCAAAAAAGUGAAAAUAUCCUUAAGCUUAGAAGGCCGUACGGCUCCAUUGUCACCACAACAAAAAGAGAAUGCAAGUACUGAGCACGCUGCUCUAUUGGGGUGGGGGGACGAUGAUGUUGACGAUAUUGAUUUCACUAAACUGGCGGCCGUUGAGCGCUGCUUCUUGGCUGCUAGUGAGGGUCAGAAGAAACCACAAAUGACCACAACUGCAUUAGAGCCAAGCGUGGUUAUGGAUCAAAGACGCGCCGUAGCUAAGCAAAAUAAGGCACUUGAUGAGUUAUCAGCUCAAAACAACCUUACAGCGGCUGGACCAAAGCCGACUGAUUGCGAGCUGAAGCAAGCGACGACUACUAAGGAGCUAAUCAGCCUAAACCAGUUGCCGAUCGACGCGGAAACCAAGGAACUUCUGGCGAGUCAACAUAUCACCAUUUCGGGGCAACAGCUCAUAUUGGCCGACAAGAAGAUCACUGUGAUUGGAGAUCAGCCCCUGUUUGCGGACCAGAAACUAACGCCCAUUGCCAUGGCUGCGCAGAAGUAUUUGGCUGCCGACCACAAGCUCUCUCUGGAAGCGGAGCAAAAACUUUCGGCGGCUGAACAGCGGCUUGCGAAGUCAGAACAGCGCCGUGUGACGAUGGAAAAGAAACGCUUAGAAAAGGAGCAGAAACGCGCUGCAGAUCUCGAACAGAAACGCAUUGCCAAGGAACAGAAACGUGCUGCUGUCGAGGAGCAGAAACGCUUGGCAGCUGAACAGAAACGUCUGGCGGCGGAAAAGAAGCAUGCCGCCAGAAAGCAACUAUCUCUGGCAAGGACAAGACAGGCAAAGAAGAAAGCGAUUGCCAAGGUGGAGAAAAAUCUGCGGGAUCAGACCAUUAUUGGGCCAGAAAACACUGCGCUACUUCGUGAUUCCAAUGACUCGAACUCAACUGCGUCGGAGCUGGAUACCUCUGCCGUUUUUCUAAAGCCGGCUGUGCCACAGCUUGAAACUAAACCGAAGUCUACGUCCUUCAAACAUUCGUUGCCUGAAGACACCAGCCAGAUACCGCAGCAGUCUGGUAUGGCAGAACAGCUCUCCCCGAUAGAGCCCUCCUCAUCGAACCUGAACCAGUCGCCCAAAACUGAACAGCUCCCUGCAGCAGAGCAGUCGAAGACCGAGGACAAAAAUCGACCCAAACUCAAUCUGACGCUCUGGCAACGAUGCUUGGUGGAAAGCACUUGGCGCAAACCGAAGACCUCAGAUUUGGUGCUGGUAUUGCGCAGUGACGAUAAAGAAGUAGCCGAGUGUGUUCUCCAAGGCCCCUGGAUGCAUACGCAGGUUCAAUCCGGCGACUUAGUGUCAGUUCAGGCGGAUUGGGACCAAAACAACAAACACUAUGUUGUCAACCGCAAUGUCGGAUUAAUAGCCGUUCACCCGGACAUACUUAUUUCGACCACUACGGUAGCCAGUUCACUGUUCUGUCGCCGCAAAGCGGUCCUUAUGGAACGAUUUCGUGGCAUAGAUACAGGAAAUGUGGCGAUGGUGAUCGGCACGGCUGUGCAUAAAAUGUUCGAAAUCGCCAUAACGCAAGAUAUGAGGAGCCCCAGCCAAUUGGAGCGAAUUGUCGAGGAGAUGGUGCAUAGCACGGACAUGAUAAAGGUGCUGUACGCAAACAAACUGAAGAUGGCCGAGUUUUCGGAAGGUCUGACCAAAUUUGUGGACCCCAUCAUAACGUUCAUUAGACAAUUUGUGCACGACUGUGAGAAACGCGUGCCGUUGCCCGAACAGUUCCAAGGCCAUAUACAUCGGGUGGUGGACAUUGAGGAGAAUCUGUGGGUGCCACGGUUGGGGCUGAAGGGGAAGAUUGACGCCACUGUAACUCUCCGCCCUAAACAAGGCGAGUGCAAUAAAUACCACGAUCCCGUACCACUCGAACUGAAAACCGGACGGCCCAGUUUCUCCUUUGAGCAUCAGGGCCAACUGCUGCUCUAUCAGCUGAUGAGCAGGGCUCUGGGCAGUAAGGUAGACAACGGACUGCUGGUCUAUAUACGCGACGGCAUUGUGCGAGAAGUUUUAUCCGCACGUAAUGAACAACGCGAUCUGAUAAUUGCGCGCAACGAAUUGGCUCAUUAUUUUACCCGUGAGGCGCAAGUUCCAGCAGCGGGCGCUUCGCUCAAAGUCAACAACGAGGGCAUGAUUUUGCAGCCCUUCCCUCUGCCCGAACCCAUAUCUCAUCAUAGCGCCUGUAGCAAGUGUCCUUAUGUCACCAUUUGCAGCAGUUUUGCUGCCACAGAUCCCGAUCUAGAAUUGUCGGAAUCCCACCCACUUCGGAAACUAAUGCCGCAGAAAUUGGAGCACUUGAACCCUGUGGACUUCGAGUACUUCAUACACUGGUGUGGGCUUCUUACAUUGGAGGAGCAGGAAGCGCGCAAAUCAGUUAACAUAUCCGCGCUGUGGAACCUGCCACGAAUUGUGCGCCAACAGCAGGGUCGUGCCAUAUUAGAUCUCUAUCUGCGGCCCCUCAGCUCCGUGUUCUCAGAUGGCGAUCGUUUCCAUCACACGAUGCAUGUGCACCCAGAAGCGUUAACCGAGGAAUUGGAUUUAACCCUCAGCGGCUUUGAAUUGGGCGAGUAUGUCAUCAUAAGUUCAACAGAUCGCUUGGCUAUUUCGACGGGAUUCAUCAAGUCGCUCACGAAGGACAGCGUUGGCUUGCUGUUGGAGCGGGACUUGAGAAAAUUGAAUGAGCACAGCCGCUUUAUUAUAGACAAGCACGAGUCGCAGUCGUUCAAUGUCUUCAGUUUCACAAACCUGGGUCUGUUGAUAGAUGCCUCCGAUCGUGGGGCCCAACUGCGCCAGAUUAUUAUCGACCGCAUACCGCCCAUCUAUUCAAAGGAGCUGCCAAGAACCAUCUACGAUGAUGGCCACAUCAUACUAUCCGGCCUUAAUUCGUUGCAACGCAACGCUCUGUUGCGUGCCGUCGCAACCAAUUCGUAUUUGCUGUUGAAGGGCCUGCCGGGCACAGGGAAAACCGAAACCCUGGUGGCACUAAUUCGAUUCCUGAACUUGAUGGACCGCACGGUGCUCAUCACGUCGCACACUCACUCGGCCGUGGACAACCUGAUGGUACGUCUGUUGCCGUUCGACCUACCUAUGCUGCGAUUGGGCGCUCCGGCGCGCACCCAUCCGAAACUUAUGGAAAUUAACGAGGCUGUGCUGACAAAAUCCUGCAAAAAUGAGGAGGAUAUGGAAGAGGUGUUCGCCUCACGCACCAUUGUGGGCGUCACCUGUUUGGGCAGCAAUCAUGUGAUCUUCAAUCACCAGAAAUUUGAUUAUUGCAUUGUAGAUGAGGCGACCCAAGUCUUUCAGCCCACAGUGCUUCGACCGCUCUGGCACUGUUCCAAAUUUAUACUCGUCGGGGAUCCGGAUCAGUUGCCGCCGUUGGUGAAGUCGCGGGUCGCACGCCAACGGGGUGCCGAUGAAUCGCUGUUCCAUCGCCUGGACUCCAAAUUUUCGACAGUGAUGCUCACCAAACAAUAUCGCAUGAAUCGAGCCAUUACCAAGCUGGCGAAUGCCCUCACCUAUGACGGAGCCCUAGAGUGUGGCAACGAUCUGGUGGAGAAGUCUGGAAUGCCUCUUUCCAAGCAGCCCAGCGGUCCGCGUUGGGUGGUUCGUGCUCUGCAAUCCCAUGUGGAUCAAUCGGUAAUACUGCUGGACACCUUGGAUAGCUACGAGCGAAUGAAUGCCUAUGCGAUGACCCACAAGCCAAUCGGCGCUACCGGCGAUAUUGUCGAGCAGCACUAUGGAUUGGAUGGUAAGAAGACAUAUCAACAGCCGCAGCGGAUGAGACGCAUCACUAAGUAUGCCAAUCCCUGCGAGCUUGCUGUCGUUUUUCAAAUACUUCGUCGCCUGCUCGAGGCUGGCUGCCCUCCAUCGGAAAUAGGCGUCAUUGCGCCCUAUCGCGCCCAGGUGGAGCUCAUGCGUAGCCUUAUCUCGAAGUGCGUUAAGCCAAGGAUGGACCUGGUGGAGUUCAAUACCGUCGAUCAGUAUCAGGGACGCGACAAGAGCGUGAUUAUUUAUUCUUGCACCAAGACCUGCGAUCCAUCAUUGGAUGCUGAACGGCCACACGAUGCUGAGAUUCUCGAGGAUAAGCGUCGUCUCACUGUCGCCAUCACGCGUGCCAAGCAUAAGCUCAUCAUUCUUGGCGACGUCAAGUGCCUGCAGCGUCAUGGACCCUUUCAGAAGCUAUUUGCCAGCAUUCCCAGCAUCUGCCGCAUAGAGCUCGAUGAUGGCUCCCAGGGCUUUAGCUGGCACUCCGUCUUUUCUGACUUCAACAAACUUUGGGAGCACUCUCCCAAGGACGCCAAUUGAUUAUUCUAACUAAUAAGCCAGACUAUUUAUUUACUUUUUUUUUUGUUUUUUUGAAAUUAUUACAAUGUUGACGAUUAGACUUAAUAGACUAUUCCUGAUUUCCUUUAAGGAUUGAAGGAUUGACAUUUUAGGGACAUCUUUACGUUUGUUCCCUGUUGCUCUAAUAAUAAAAUAAA